GCAUCACUCGCUAGUUUCCUCUCGUCGCUGCUGCUGCUGCUGCGCUGCAACAACGUCUUGCUUGCACCUUUGCACUGUCACUCGCUUUGUGUAAGGGCAAUCAUAGCAGGAUGCGCACAUUCGCUCGUUUAUAUGUGCCUGCCUUGUUCGCCAUUGGCGUAGAAUCCAAAGCCAAACAUGUAAUCCGUGACCUCUUUUCUUGGAAUGCUCCCCUUCCUCCGGUUGAGGCUCCACAUGAGGAGUGGCACGCCCCCGAAGCCCCACAGCCUGCAUCUCCUCCCCUCGCUCCAGGCAAUGCUCAAGGUGCUGCAUUGCCCGUGACACUUGCUCCUCAUUUUGUCGCAAGCCCUGGAUACGCACCAAUUCCGCCCGGUCCCAAGCCUUCAGGUCCAAUAUACACAAAUACGACGCCUACAAGCAGCCCGACGCCAGUAGCACAUACAGUAAUCACUUAUACUCCUCCUUUGCCACAACCCCAUAUCCCACAGGUUACCCCAGCCAACCAAACGACGUGUUCCACAGGUAACUCGUCGUGCACAGGCUGCUUGCUUGCAGCCAAACUUCCUAUAACCACUUGGUUCAAUCCUGCCGGGCUUUUCGAACGCUGGACUAGCACAGUUGUGACCGAGACCAUCGUUACUGAGUACAUCACCUACUUGAACAACGGCACCAUCGACACGGUCGUUACCCAGGAGCACACUGUCAAUCAAACAAAAACCGUAACAGGCAGUAACGAUGAAAUCAUUACUCACACUACGCCCACGUUCACUGUAGAGGUUACGGAUGGGGUACGCCUCCAAUUCGAUGCAGGACCCACCUACGUUAUCUACAACCAUAUCUUUGGUGGGCCUGACCAAUCUUUCCGUUUGGGCUUUGCCCAGAGCAACGAGACUCUCACGACAUGUGUUCCCAAGCAGGCUUCACUCAAAGAUUGGGAGCCACCCAGGACUGCACUACAAGAUUGGGCAUAUUUCGUAGUAACGCACACGGAACCACUGCAGACAAGCACUACAAGCCAAUCCGAUUUCCCGUUGCCCACCCAGGUCCUCCAAUACCUUGAGCAAGAGCCAGCCGUUCAGUCGCAAUUUCCGGGCCUGGAUCUUGCUUCAUGUUCCUUUACCACUCCCAGUAUCAGUAAUUCCCUCCAGCUAUCCUUAGGCCUUCCUGUUGCCCCUCCGUUUCCUCCUCCUGCUGCCCAGCCUCCGCCCACGUCUCAACCGGUAUUGGCAUCGCCAACAACAUCGACUUUCCUCUCGACAACGUACGAGUCUACGUCCGUUUAUAUCACGGUGCGAGGUUGUUUGAGGUGCCUCUCUGACUCACCGGUGUCGCUCAAAGCUGAUCUGCCUUCGCCAACUCCUGCGGGCAAACCCGAUAUACAUGACUUUGUACUCCCGCCAAACGAGCUCAACCAACCAAGUGACAACAUACCCAGACCUUUAAAUAUGCCUAGACCAACCUCAAAUAUGCCUGGACCGAUUGCAAGCCCAGCUGGACAAGUCCCAGGUCAGUCUGGUAGACCAGAUCACCAAGAUCAAGGCUUUCCGGAUUGGCUUCUUCCGGUGAUCGUCGUUGGAGGCCAAACACUCAGACCAGGGCAAACUCAAACCGUCGAUGGAGUCCCUAUUAUCAUUCCCGGGAACGGUGAGGGAGCAAGGAUUGUUGUGGGCGGUAGCACAGUUGCUCUCGAUGCAGCGGCAACACCAGCACCUCCCGUUCUCACUGUCGGUGGGGGAACAAUCGCCGCCAAUCCACAAGGAGAGUUUGUCUUCGGAACGGAAACUUUGAAGCCAGGAGGCCCUCCGGUCAUUGUCAAUGGAAACACUGUUAGUCUUGGCCCUGGUGGUGUUGCCGUUGUCAACGGCGUCACACAGACUAUUACUGCUGGGCCUCCGCCCUCUAUUACCGUUCCUCCUGCAUCGGUUGUAGGUGAUCAUACCAUAUUUACGACAAUAGUUGGAGGCGUGACGGUCGGUGUUGUAGAGCCUGGUCAAGCGGUAGGCGCAGGCAGUUGGGUUAUGGUUGAUGGCCAAGCAGCUUACGUACCCGCUCCUGGCCAAACUCUUACGCCCGGUGGCGUUCUUACCCUGGCCGGAAUAACAUACUCUCUGCCUCAAGGCGCACCAGCCGGUGUUGUUGUGAUCAAUGGUCAAAUAGCCUACGUACCCGCUCCUGGCCAAACCCUCACGCCCGGCGGCGCUCUCACAAUUUCGGGAACUACAUAUUCCAUGCCCGAGGGUGCACCAGCCGGUGUUGUUGUAAUCAACGGCGUUACAUCUACCGUGACUCCUGGUGCUGUUAUAACACCUGCUCCUGCGCUGACGAUCAACGAUAUCACGUACACACAAACAGUAAGAGAUGGAACAACAGAGUACGUGUUAGGCAAUGGCACGACGCUUGUACCUGGUUCUACGGUUGAAAUGGAUGGAACAACAUACUCUCUGGACAAAUCAGGUACAGCUUUGAUUAUCAACGGCCAGACGAGCACUGUGAAUAGUCUCCCGAAGAGUAACAGUGCAACCACUACCAGCUCAAGCAUGGCAUCUGUAACGACAAGUCGUGGCGCUGGCGAUCUUAUUGCGAGUGGUGUAGGCCAAACCAGCAAAGGUGUUGGUACCUCAGUACAGCAUGCAGGCAUCGAUAGAUGGGUUGAAAGCUUAAUCGUUGGCGCUGCAGGUUGGUUGCUGGUGUUAUUUUAA